GCGCGGUGCGCGCGCGGCCAUGCGCCGCAGCCUGUGGCUGGCUGUGGUCUGGCUGCUCUGGGUACAGGUUCUCAGCGCCACAGGGGCCCCGAGCGCAUCCCGGAGGCCACGCAGCUACCCACACCUGGAAGGCGAUGUGCGCUGGCGGCGCCUCUUCUCGUCCACACACUUUUUCUUGCGCGUGGACCACCAAGGACGCGUGCAGGGUACCCGCUGGCACCAUGGACAGGAAAGUGUGGUGGAGAUGCGCUCCGUCCGCGUGGGUGUCGUGGUCAUCAAGGCCGUUCAUUCCGGGUUCUACGUGGCCAUGAGCCCCCAGGGCCGCCUCUACGGGUCGCGGUUCUACACGGUGGACUGCAGGUUCCGGGAACGCAUCGAGGAGAAUGGUUACAACACGUACGCCUCGCUCCGCUGGCGCCACCAUGGCCGGCCCAUGUUCCUGGCUCUGGACGGCCGCGGAGCCCCUCGACGAGGGCCCCGCACGCGGAGGCGCCACCUGUCCACCCACUUCUUGCCCGUGCUGGUCUCCUGAGGCCCCUCCGGUCUCCACCAGCCACGAACCAGGCCCACCCCCGGCCCAGUGCGGCCCUGAGGGCGUCCCGAGAAGCACAGGGCCAGCUCCAAGGACACACACCCUGCGCUGGAGGGGACCCCGCCGCCUGUCCCACUCGGGGUCUUGGAGCGCCCCUGCCGUGGGGUGCCCUCUCCCGGCAUGGCACUUGGCACACAGCCUGUGCCAACAGGACUCUACAUGCAG